AUGGAGGCUACCAAAGCGCUGGCUCAGAGACUCAGUCUACGGCGACGAAGUUCACGAUGGAGAGACAAGAGAUGGAGUGCGUCCAGGCUGAUGACCGGAGACACCCCUGCUCGUGCUUCUUCUCCUGCUCCUGAUGCUGGUGAUCCACAAGCGACGAAAGCAACGGCAACGGCAACUGCAACCGCAACAGCUCCCGCAAGCGCAGCCGCGCCCGCGCCCGCGCCCGCACCCGCACCCACCACAACCACACCCAAAUCUGGACCUGUAAAUGUGACGACGGCCGAGUCGGAGAAUUUGACAGCUGCGAGCCCACCACAGACCGAUGCUGCGAUUCCAAGCCCAGGUUCGGGUAUAUCGCCCACAACCAUCGUCACGCAGCCGCUGUCCCAGUCCCCACAGACCGAACACAGUGAAGACCUGGGGAAGCACCCUGAUGAGCGCGUCACUGAUACCAUCACCGAGAUCGAAUACUUCCCCCAUGUAGCAACGCCGGAUGCACCAAACGAGAGCAACCCCGCAGAAGACGUUCAAACCAACAAGAUCACGUUCGCCAUACCGACGAAAGAGGCAAGGGGAGAUGGGGGUAGCCAGGACGCAGAUCGUCAAUCAGAUGAAGUCGAAACCGUUACCUCGAGCGCUUCUCCCUCAACCGCUGUCAGCCCCAGAGAGUCUCAGGACGACUACGACGAAGAUGCCGGGCGGUCGAGUACGCUGAGCGGCAUCAGCGGAAACGGAUCACGGCAAUCAAGUAUCAACUCGGUGGCGUUUCAAUUGCCCAACAUGUCGCUGCCGCAAGGUCGCACGAGACAGCACAAGAACUCUCCGCCGCCACUGUCGAGGUGA